AUGGUCUUUGCUGGCCUCCUGGGCACCGCCAAACAGCCGCGUCGACGGCAAAGUUCUGCCGCCAGCGGCCGUAGCGGCUUCCUGCGUCCGGGAUCGUCAUCGAGCGCGCGCACAGUAGACGAAAAGGAAAAGGGCAAGGAUGCCGAGGACGCGAUCGACGACGAAGACGAAGAUACCACUGGUGAAGACAGUGCCAAUGACGCAAACGACGCCGCCUCGACCCGGACGAUGAAUAGUGCCCGUAGCGCCCGCAGCGGAGGGGGCGCUCGAAGUGGACGCAAUACAGCAGCAAUCUCGGCAUCAUCACCACCCUUACACCCUCCGGACUUCAUCGCCGACGAAACGCACCUCGCGCCCGUCUUUCGUGAAGCGCCCGACUUACGCGAGCUCAACAACAGCUUGGCUGCUCUUGCUGUCGUUUUUCCCGAUGUCCAGGUGGAUGUGUUCCGCGAGAUGCUGACCAGCUUCGACGGCGAGUCCCGGCUGGCUCUCGUUGCCGACGCUCUCCUCAAGAGCAGGGCCACCUGGGUCAAGGGACGCUGGCGCAUCGCCAACAAGGACAAAUCCCCGCCCCUGCCCUCCGCCUCGUCCUCCGCCUCUUCUUCUGUCACUCCGACCGCUUCUGCCAUCUCUGCCGCCGAGCGGUUCCGUACCCCCGAGUACAAAAAAGCCGUCAAGACCCUCGCUAGCCACGAGUUCAUGGGUCUCUCUCGCUCCACAAUCAACGCCGUACUGGCCGAGCAGAAUUAUGCCUACCUCGACGCCCGCCGCACCCUCGUCGAGAUGUCCUCCAAGUCCUGGCGCUUCACCAUCUCGUCGCUCUUUUUGCGCCGCAAACCCGUUGCCUCCACCGAGGCCGAGAACCACCCCCUCGUCAUCUGGAAGUCCACGGGCCAGGGGUCUAUCAUCCCGACCAUCAAAGCCACCGGCAGCGCCGAGCUCGACCGCGAGUUGUAUACUGCUCUCGUCGCGCCGCUGAGAGCACAAAAACGCUCCGAACAGGAAGAUGCUGACCGCACCAUGGCGUCCGCUCUCAACACCGCCGAGGCCGAGGCCGCUGGCGCCACCUUUGAGUGCGCUUGCUGCUUCACGUCCACUACAUUCGAGGAGGUGACGACGUGCAGCAACAGCGACGGGGGCGAUGACGGCGACGGUGCGCAUAUCAUUUGCUUCCGCUGCGUGCAACACUCGGUCCGCGAGGCUGUUUUCGGCCAGGGCUGGGCCCGCACCAUCGACACCAGCCGCGGCACCUUAUGGUGCCCGGCCGUCUCCCAUACCGAGUGUAGAGGCAUCAUCCCCGUUGACCACAUGCAGCGCGCCCUGCUCGACGAGAAGCGUGGUGCCGACACCCUGCAGCAUCUUGAACGCCGCCUGGCCGACCACAGCCUUGUGGGGAGCGGUCUACCUCUCGUGCGCUGUCCCUUUUGUGCCUACGCGGAGAUUGACGAUAUCUACGUGCCUUUCCACGAGGCUCCACUACGAAUCCGCGUUGAUGGCCUCUACAGCCUCGCUUUUAUCCUGCUUGUGUCCGGCGUGACCCACGUCCUAAUCCUUCCGCUUCUUGUGUUGUUGGUCCUCGUCACCAUCCUGCCCGGGUUUAUGGCCCCCGUCGGCCUCGCUUCAUGGGUUGUGUCUGCAUGGAGUGCCCUCAAAUGCAACUUUGGCGGCGUUGACAGCAGUAGCAGCAGCAGCAGCAGCAACAACAAUAACAAUGGCACAUUGCGAAGGAGAAAGACAGCAGCCUCCAGUAAGCCAAACUACUUUUGCGAACAGGUCUCCGCAGCCGUUACCCGCUUCCGCCGCCGCCGCCGCGGCCAGCAGUUCCGCUGCCAAAACCCGGCCUGCGCUCGCGUCUCGUGCAUCGGCUGCUCCAAGGCCUGGACGGACAUCCACGUCUGUCACGAGUCCAGCCUCGUUGCACUGCGCACCCAGGUCGAGCAGGCCAUGAGCAUGGCCAUCAAGCGCGUCUGCCCCCGCUGCCACACCUCGUUUGUCAAGGCCGUCGGCUGCAACAAGUUGACCUGUCCCUGCGGAUACAAAAUGUGCUAUGUUUGCCGCAAAGACAUUAGCGGCAACGAAGGGCCCGACGCCGGCUACCGCCACUUUUGCGAGCACUUCCGGCCCCACGGCGACGGCCGUCCCUGCACCCAGUGCCGCCGCUGCAACUUGUGGGAGACGGAGGACACCGAGGCCGUGCUCCAGGCCGCUCGCGAGGAGGCCGAGCGCAAGUGGCGGGAAACGGAGCAGCGUGACCUGAGCCUCUCCGAGCGCGCGUACCUAGAGACGGGCAUUGCGAUUGGCGGCGGCACGGCGGCCGGUGGCAGCGUCCGCGUCAGCGGGGGCAGCAGUGGUGCUGGCGGCCCCGGCGUCGGUUUCGGUGCCACACCCACCGGUGCCAUCCUUGCACGGCGUGCGAUGACGGGCGUGGUGGCAUGGGCGACGUCGCUGCUGUCGUGGUCACCGUUGUCCGGCAAAGAAGAGGGUGGUGGUCGACGCACGGCGGCCGAGGCUUUUGAUGCUGCCAACCAGGCCCGGUUCCCAACUUUGGCCGAGACCCUUGACUGGCUACUCGAGAGCAUCCUUGUAUGA